AUGGCUGGAGGGAGACCUCAGCUGAAGAGGAGUUUCUCCAUCAUUCCCUGCUUCGUUUUCGUGGAGGGGUUCUUCUGCUAUGACAGCACCUAUGCCAAGCCUUACCCGGGGCCCGAGGCUGCCAGCCGUGCACCCCCUGCCCUCAUCUACGCCUUGGUUACCGCUGGGCCCAGCCUCACGAUCCUGCUGGGGGAGCUGGCGCGUGCCUUUUUCCCUGCACCCCCCUCCGCCAUCCCAGUCAUUGGGGAGAGCACCAUCGUGUCUGGGGCCUGUUGCCGCUUUAGCCCCCCACUACGGAGGCUUGUCCGCUUCUUGGGAGUCUAUGCCUUUGGUCUCUUCACCACGACCAUCUUUGCCAACGCGGGACAGGUGGUGACUGGCAACCCCACGCCGCAUUUUCUAUCAGUCUGCCGCCCCAACUACACGGCCCUGGGCUGCCCACCUCCCUCUCCUGACCGGCCCGGGCCCGACCGCUUCGUCACCGACCAAGGUGCUUGCGCCGGCAGCCCCAGCCUGGUGGCCGCCGCGCGCCGGGCCUUCCCCUGCAAGGACGCGGCCCUGUGCGCCUACGCCGUCACCUACACCGCGAUGUAUGUGACCCUCGUGUUCCGCGUGAAGGGCUCCCGCCUGGUCAAGCCCUCUCUUUGCCUGGCCUUGCUGUGCCCUGCCUUCCUGGUGGGCGUCAUCCGCGUGGCUGAAUAUAGAAACCACUGGUCCGACGUGCUGGCCGGCUUUCUGACGGGGGCAGCCAUUGCCACUUUCCUGGUCACUUGUGUGGUGCACAACUUCCAGAGUCGGCUGCCCUUUGGCCGAAGGCUCUCCCGUUGGGAGGACCUGGGCCAAGCCCCCACCGUGGACAGCCCCCUCGAAAAGUUAAGUGUAGCCCAGGAACCCGAAGCCUGCAGGCCGCAUUCGACACCGGCACGGCUCACCCCAUCCAAGCCGCAGAACUGCACCCGCCGUGGCCACUUGAUCCCCAGCUGCGUGUCCUCCAGGGCCCCAGCCAUGUGCUCGUCACCCCGCAUUCCCCGCCCUCGAUUGAGGUCUGAGCCGACGCCCCUGCCGCUGCCCCUACCCCUCCCCGCCCCGACCCCCAGCCAGGGCCCCUCGCCCUCCUCUCCUGGGCCUGGGGGGCCCGGCGGGGGUGGAGGGCGGGGCCGGAAGCUGCUGCUGCCCACGCCCCUCCUGAGGGACCUGUACUCCCUGAGCGGACUCUACUCCUCCCCCUUUCACCGGGACAACUUCAGCCCUUACCUUUUUGCCAGCCGUGACCACCUGCUGUGA